AUGGUCAAUACUGAGAUCCCCAGCGCCUACACUGCGUCUCCGUCGUCUCAUAUCGGAACGCCGCUUUUGACAAUCAACAAGGAGGCAACUAUUGGCCUCGAUUCUUCCGAUGCAUUUGAAGGCCCCGAGAAGUUGCUAGAGGUAUGGUUCAGUGCUUCUGCACACGACCUGCCCGGCCAGGCAGGUCCGCUUGGUCUCAAGGCAGUCUCUCCGGAGACCUGGAAGGAGAUGCUUGAUCUGGUCAACUGCAAGGUCCUCUCCAUCAUCGAAUCCGAGCAUGUCGAUGCCUACCUACUCUCCGAGUCCAGCAUGUUCGUCUUCCCUCACAAGGUCGUCCUGAAAACCUGUGGCACAACCACCUUACUGUGGGGUCUUCCCCGUCUUCUCGAGAUUGCGGCAGUCGACGCCGGUUUCCCGCAUGUUGCAGCUAAGCCGGAUCGCGGUCUUCCAGCUGCCGCCACGCCAUACCGUGUCUUCUACAGCAGGAAGAACUUCCUCAACCCCGAUCAGCAGCGCGGCCCACACCGUAGCUGGCGCGACGAAGUGCGCUACCUUGAUCAGCGAUUCGAGGGCGGAAGUGCAUAUAUGAUUGGAAAGAUGAACGGAGAGCAUUGGUACCUGUACAUCACCGGUCCGGACACGCGCCUCACCCCACCGUCAACCCCCGAUCGCGAGUCGCUCGAAAUUCCCGGCACCGAGACCAAGUUCAUCAACCACCCCCAGCGCCUUCUCCCCGAGUCGAUGGCGGACGAGCAGCAGGACGAGACUUUGGAAAUCCUCAUGACCGAUCUCGAUGAGCAGAACGCCCGCCAGUUCUAUCUCGAGGACGCGAGUGCGGUCGCGGAAGGUCGAUUUUUCCAGAAAGCUCGUGAGGCUCGCAAGAAUGCAGUUCAAUCUUUGGGCGCCAUUCCAGAGGACCAGCCUGCUGUGGACGAUUUCGACGUCUUUGAGCAGACUUCCUCUGACCAUUCCGGGUUCAACUCGGACGACGAUGCUCUCAUGACCCCGCCCGAAGAGCUCAACACUGAGGGUCAUGCUCUCGGUACCGUCGUCUCCGAGACCUGCGGAUUGUCCGACGUCUACCCUAUCUCCAAGUAUCCCGACGCCAAGAUCGAUGCCUACCUCUUCACUCCCUGCGGAUACUCCGCCAACGGUGUCGUUCCCGCCCCGGUUUCUGCUGAUACCGGCGAUGAGACUAAGUCGACCACGAGCACUGGUCACUACUUCACCGUCCAUGUGACGCCCGAGCCUCAUUGUAGCUACGCUUCCUUUGAGACCAACGUGCCAGCACGCCAAUCCGGGCGCGAGACGUCCGAUAUUGUAGAGCACGUCGUCGACAUCUUCAAGCCCGGCCGAUUCAGCGUCACCGUCUUCGAGGCCAAGCCCAGCAGCGAGCAGGAACUAGGCCAGGGCAUCAAGAAGAGCAAGGGCAUGGACACGAUCAAGGGAUACAAGCGCGUCGAUCGCAUCGUCCACGACCUCGACGGCUACGACCUGGUCUUCAGGUACUACGAGCGCGACGACUGGAAGGGUGGAAUCCCGAGGCUCGGAGAAGUGGGAUACUAA